GGCAAAGUUUGCAGGCUUGGCAACCGCGCGCACCUCCUCUCGCUGCGAUGGGGACCCAGGCGGGGCUCGGCCUGCUGCUGCUGCUGCUGCUGCUGCUGCUCCAGGGUGAAAAGGGGCUCAGCCAGGAUGGGGCAACAGCCUCUUGCCGGCCAGGAUUCAGCUUGGAGGCCUACCUGUUCCGGGUGCCCAGGCGAGACUUGGAGAGGGGCCGGAUGUUGGGCAGAGUGGACUUUGAGGGCUGCGCAGGGAGGAGCCCAGGAGCCUUCCUUUCCCAGGACACGCACUUCAAGUUGCAUCCAGAUGGCACCGUUGUGGUGAAACGGCCCCUGCACCUCCACAACCAGGAACUGAGCUUCCUUAUCCACACGUGGGACCUGGAAGGCAGGAAACAUUCGGCCAGAGUGACCCUGCAGCUCCAGCACCAAGGCCAUCACCGGCUGCUUCCUCAUGGGGAGACCGGUCCGUCUGCUCAGGGGGAGGUGCUGUAUUUUCGAAAGUCUUCAUCUGGCCUGAGGCGGCAGAAGAGAGACUGGGUCAUCCCUCCGAUUCUUUGCUCUGAGAAUGAGAGGGGCCCUUUCCCCAAGAAACUGGUGCAGAUCAAGUCCAGCAAAGACAAAGAAAGCAUCGUCUACUACAGCAUCACCGGGCAGGGGGCCGACAUCCCUCCGGUCGGCACCUUCAUCAUCGAGAGGGAAACCGGCACGCUGAAGGUGACCCGCCCACUGGACAGGGAGAAGAUUCCCCGCUACGUGAUGCUUUGCCACGCGGUGUUAGCCAAUGGCCAGACAGCAGAGGACCCCAUGGAGAUCAUCAUCAAUGUUGGCGACCAGAAUGACAACCGUCCAGUGUUCACCCAGAGGGUCUUCGAAGGGUCCGUGGAAGAGGGAGCUAAACCAGGGACGUCGGUGAUGACAGUGACGGCCACGGAUGCAGACGACGCCAUAGACUCCUAUAACGGCGUCAUCACUUACUCCAUCCUCAGCCAGGAGCCGGAGCCGGAAAAACAGAGGUUCACCAUCAAUAACGAAACCGGCCUGAUCAGCGUGGUUGUGUCCGGUCUGGACCGAGAGAGGAUCCCCCAGUACACGCUGGUUCUGCAAGCGACGGACCUGCUGGGAGAAGGCUUGAGCACCACCGCGAAGGCUGUGAUCACCAUCACCGACGCGAAUGACAACCCGCCAAUCUUCGACCCUUUCAUGUACAACGUGGUUGUGCCAGAGAAUGAGGUGGGGGCCCUGGUGGCCACCCUGAAGGUCAAGGAUGCAGAUGAGGAGAAUAGCUUAGCUUGGAAAGCCAAGUACAGCAUCGUGAAGGGGAACGAGGAGGCGAACUUUGCGAUCACUACUGACCCGGACACCAACAAUGGUCUUUUGACCACGGCCAAGGAACUGGAUUAUGAGACCCAAAGGCAGUAUAUUCUCCAAGUGACGGUAGUAAAUGAGGUUGACUUCUCGGUCACUCUCUCGACGUCCACGGCCACCGUCACCGUCAAUGUGAGCGAUAAAAAUGAACCCCCAGUCUUCAUUCCCCCUGAACUGAAGGUGUCGAAGCCCGAAGAUCUUUCUGUUGGCGAAACCGUAGCUCAGUACACAGCCCAGGACCCUGACAAGUUCCUGCAGCAGACCCUCAGAUACUUGGUGAGGAGUGACCCUGCUGGCUGGCUGAAAAUUGACCCUGAAACUGGCAUGAUUAAGUCAAAAGCCCCCCUAGACCGAGAGUCAGCUUUUGUGAAGGAUAAUAUCUACAAAGCCAUCAUUGUGGCAAGCGACAAUGCGAACAAGCCGGCCACCGGCACAGGGACCCUCCUUUUGCACCUGGAGGACGUGAACGACAACUGGCCAGAACCGGAUCCCCGAAUAUUUGACAUCUGCAGCCGCAGUCCAGAGCCCCAGGUGCUAAGCAUUGUGGACAAGGAUAUGCCACCCAACACCAGCCCCUUCCUCGCCAUGCUGGAAUUUGACUCUGGUGCCAAUUGGACAGUCAAGACCAACCAAGAUAGUCUGACCCUUAACCUGGUCAAGCAGCUGGAGCCUGGGGAAUACAACAUCGCCCUCAAGCUGACCGAUGGCCAGGGGCUCUCUCACGUCACCACGGUCAAAGCCAUGGUCUGCAACUGUGAGGGGUCUGCCAAAAACUGCGACCGAAAGGCGUUUCUGCCAGCGGCAAUAGAGACCUCCGCCAUUCUGGGCAUCCUUGGGGGCAUCCUCGCCCUUCUGAUCCUGCUGCUGCUGCUGCUGCUUUUCGUGAGGAGGAGGAGGCAGGUGAAGGAGCCGCUGCUCCUCCCCGAGGACGACACGAGGGACAAUGUCUACUACUACGACGAAGAAGGCGGAGGGGAAGAGGACCAGGAUUUCGAUCUGAGCCAGUUGCAUCGAGGCCUGGAUGCCCGCCCUGAAAUCACCCGGAAUGACGUUGCUCCAACCCUCAUGCCGGCCCCGCAGUACCGUCCACGCCCUGCCAAUCCCGAUGAGAUAGGAAAUUUCAUCGAUGAGAACCUGAAGGCGGCGGACACGGACCCCACGGCUCCCCCCUACGACUCUCUGCUGGUGUUUGAUUAUGAAGGCAAUGGCUCCGAGGCCACCUCGCUCAGUUCCCUCAACUCCUCCCAUGGAGACCAGGACCAAGAUUAUGAUUACUUGAAUGACUGGGGAAACCGUUUCAAGAAGCUGGCUGACAUGUAUGGGGGGGGCGAGGAAGAGGACUAGGGGUGACUGGAGAGGGGCCUAGGUGUGGGGGCAGAAGGCUAGAAGGGAGAGAGAAUAGAGCCGACUUUUCCACAAUUUACCAAAACGUACACAAGAGAUUCCCCCUUGAAGAAGAUUCCGACAAUCUCGCCUGUGUGGGAUAAUUAUAAUCAGGGUGGCCUUACUGAGGCUGAUUCAAUGCAAUAGGGAGUUUCUUUCUCAAAGGUUGGACACCCUCAGGGGGAAAAGGCCUCCCCAGGAAAGAGAGAAGUGUCUGAAAUCUGUAAAGGGCAGAUUUCGGUCUUGUAUUCAAAAAGUUUCACCCAAGUGUCUCUACUCUCUUAAUCUAUCCUCUUGUUUACUUAAGAAGAGCCUCGGGCUUCUUGGGGCAAAAUUGUAAUGCAUCUUGGAGAAUAUGAGG